AGAGACCGGCGCUGCGUGGAGCGUUCGCGUUUCGCGGCCGUCCCGCCGCCGCGUUCGAGGGCCGAUUCCCCGGGCUGUCCUCUUCCCCGCCGGCGUCUCCCCUGCCGGGUCAUGAGCGGCGAGUCGCCCUCCGCUGCGGCUCCGGCCAUGGCCUCAUACACCUGCAUCACUUGCCGAGUGGCUUUCAAAGAUGCUGAUGUUCAGCGUGCGCACUACAAGACUGAUUGGCACAGGUACAACCUGAAGCGGAAAGUUGCAGAGAUGCCACCAGUGACUGCCGAGAACUUCCAGGAGCGAGUUCUGGCUCAUAGAGCAGGGGUGGAGGAACAGAACAAGGCCACGGCUACAUACUGCACAGCUUGCAGCAAGAGAUUUUCCAAUUUCAAUGCAUAUGAGAACCACCUGAAGUCGAAGAAGCACUUGGACCUUGAAAAGAAAGCUGUCCAAGCUGUCAGCAGGAAGGUGGAACUCAUGAAUGAGAAGAACUUGGAGAAAGGCCUUGCACAAGAAAAUGACAAAGAUGCCAUGAAUGCUGCUAUCCAGCAAGCCAUCAAAGCUCAGCCAUCCUCGUCUCCAAAGAAGACUCCAGUGUUGCCUGGGAAUGCCACUGAUUCCCUGGUUGCUGAAGAAAGUAGCAACACAUUACGGAGCAGGGAGCGCGCAGAGAAAUCCCCCCGACUACAGUGGUUUGAAGAACAGGCCAAGAAGCUGGCCAAGCAGCAGUCUGAGGAUGAAGGGGAGGAUGAAGAUAUGGACGAAGACUGGGAGGAUCUGGACUCAGAUGAAGAUGUAGGAUCUGAAGAAGGAGAGGAGGAAGGAAUUUCAGAUGAAGCCAAAGGGGCUGCAUCUGCGAAAGAUUGUCUCAGCGCUGAUGCGAUCCCAGUAACGGACUGCCUCUUCUGUUCCCACCAUUCCAGCACUCUCAUGAAGAAUGUGGGCCACAUGACAAAGGUCCACAGUUUCUUUAUCCCAGACAUAGAAUACCUUGUAGAUCUCAGAGGGCUGAUUAAGUACUUAGGAGGGAAGGUCGGAGUUGGGAAGAUCUGCCUGUGGUGCAAUGAGAAGGGGAAAUCCUUUUACACUACAGAAGCAGUACAAGCGCAUAUGAACGACAAAAGCCACUGUAAACUCUUCACAGAGGGAGAUGCUGCCCUGGAGUUUGCGGAUUUCUAUGAUUUCAGGAGCACGUACCCUGACUAUCAAGCAGAAGAGGGUGUGGAGAUGUCUGAUGAACGGCCGCUGGAGAAAAACCUAGAGUAUGAUGAAGAAUCUAUGGAGCUGAUUUUACCUUCAGGUGCCAGGAUUGGUCACCGUUCCUUGAUGCGAUACUACAAGCAACACUUUGGUUCCUCACGUGCUGUAACUGUCUCUAAAAAUAAGCAGGCAGUGGGCAGAGUGUUGCAGCAAUAUAAAGCCCUAGGCUGGACAAGCAGUACAGGAGCAGCGCUGGCCCGUGAGCGUGACAUGCAGUACCUCCAGAGAAUGAAAGCGAAAUGGAUGCUGAAGACCGGCAUGCAGAAUAAUGCUACAAAGCAAAUGCACUUCCGCGCGCAGGUCAUGUUCUGAGAGUGCCUGGAGAGGCCCGGCAAGGGCCAGCGCUUCCUUUACCGCUUGGCAACAGAAUGGAAGAGUCAGUGGCUGAAGACGGGGGCGCUGACAAGGAGGCUGGUGGCCUGUGGGCAGCCGCACACACGCGGCUCUUUCAAAUGCUUCCCCAGGGAGAUUUUCUAGUCCAGCAGAAUUUUGCCUGUCAGAUCUCAGAUCAGUAAAGGUUAUUGCGUACAAAGUGGGCAUCGCUGUUUAGUCGCUGUACCAACUCCCAAAUGUUUAUACUGUGCAGCUGGAAUUGGGUUGAUCCUUUUUUUGGUUGCUUUAAGGUAAUUUUUAUGCCACUACAAGGCGUUUAAAGUGCUUCAUAUAUAUAUUGACCUCAUUAAAUCAUUCAGCAGCACCA